AUGUCGGAAAGUACGGCGCGAGGGGACAUGCCGAGUAAGAGACAGAAAUUGAGCGACGAGAAUAGCAAUCCGGAUGUAUCUGGGGAUGAAAACGAUGAUGCUGCCAGUAUAGAGAGUGGUACAAACACUGAGAGACCAGAUACCCCUACAAACACACCAAAUGUUCCUGGAAGGAAGAGCUGGGGGAAGGGCAAAUGGAAGUCCAAGAAGUGCAAAUAUACUUUUAAAUGUGUCAACAGUCUUAAGGAGGACCAUGGUCAACCACUUUUUGGAGUGCAAUUUAACUGGCAUAGCAAGGAAGGCGAUCCUUUGGUAUUUGCCACAGUCGGUAGCAAUCGGGUCACACUUUAUGAAUGCCAUUCGCAAGGGGAAAUACGAUUAUUACAGUCGUAUGUAGAUGCUGAUACAGACGAAAACUUCUAUACAUGUGCGUGGACCUAUGACAGUAAUACAAGCCAUCCUCUCUUGGCUGUGGCAGGAUCGAGGGGCAUCAUCCGAAUUAUUAAUCCUAUCUCCAUGCAGUGCAUUAAGCACUACGUUGGACAUGGAAAUGCAAUCAAUGAGCUGAAGUUUCACCCCAGAGAACCAAAUCUUCUGCUUUCUGUCAGCAAAGAUCAUGCUUUAAGGUUUUGGAACAUACAGACAGAUACUUUAGUGGCAAUAUUUGGAGGCGUGGAAGGACAUCGUGAUGAAGUGUUGAGUGCAGAUUUUGAUCUUCUUGGAGAAAAAAUAAUGUCUUGUGGGAUGGAUCAUUCUCUUAAAUUGUGGCGAAUCAACUCGGAAAGGAUGCUAAAAGCUAUUAAGGCAUCAAAUGAAUAUAACCCAAGUAAAACGAACAGGCCAUUUGUGUCUCAGAAAAUCCAUUUUCCAGAUUUCUCCACAAGGGACAUACAUAGGAAUUAUGUGGAUUGUGUGCGCUGGCUUGGAGAUUUAAUAUUAUCUAAGUCUUGUGAAAAUGCCAUUGUGUGCUGGAAGCCGAGCAAAAUGGAGGAUGACAUUGAUAGAAUAAAACCAAAUGAAUCAAAUGUGACCAUACUGGGGAGAUUCGAUUAUAGUCAGUGUGAUAUAUGGUAUAUGCGAUUUUCAAUGGAUUUCUGGCAGAAGAUGCUGGCUUUAGGUAAUCAAGUUGGAAAGCUCUAUGUAUGGGAUCUUGAAGUUGAAGAUCCUCAUAAGGCUAAAUGUACAACGUUGGCUUAUCCAAAAUGCACUGCAGCCAUACGACAAACCAGUUUUAGCAGAGAUAGCAGUAUUCUUAUCGCUGUAUGUGAUGAUGCAACCAUCUGGCGCUGGGAUCGACUUCGAUAAACAAUAUUAAUCAUGUUCCAAACUUACUGAAUUUAGCAUAUUUUCUGUGCACCAGUGACAUUUGAUAUUUUCUCAGCUCAUUUUCCCAAUCUUAUUGUCAAUGAAACUUUAUGUGCGUAUCUGCUAAAGUGUACUGUGUAGUUGACUUUUUCCCUUUCUGCUGCCC